AUGAUUAAUCCUCACAACGUCCUAAAAGUAUUAUCUAACCUGAUAUCAGAUAAAUUAUUCCGUUAUUCACCAUCUUCAAUCCAUCCUGAUGAAGAACAUGUUGCAUCAAAUUUUUAUAAAUGUUUGGAGUCCAUUCUGGAAAGUACUUCUCAUAUAUUUGAAACGGAAAAUACAUUGGACCAUGACGAUGAAUUAGAUGAUGAAGAUAUAGAGGAUCUCUUACCAUUGACAUCCACAGACGAGCAUCUUGAUUCAAUCAAAGAUACUGAUUAUGAACCAAUUGAUGAAUAUAACUUACAAAAUCAUUUCUCACUCGAUUACAUGAAACGUGUGUGUAUUGCUCGCUUUCGUAAGUAUAUAGAAGCAGGUGGUACAAAACAACAAAAAGUGGAUAAUGUCGAUAUUUAUGUUUAUGAUCAAUUCGAGCAUGCGCGACAUAAUUUUUUAUCGGUUCAUGAUAUUGACUUACGAAGAUGGGGUCUUAAAAAAGCUCGUGAAUUAAAUUUAAAUGAUUUUGAAGCCAGUGAAGGUUGGUUAUGGAACUUUAAAUAUCGACAUGGAAUAUGUAGUCGAAAAAUAACGAAAUUGGUCACGAAAAAGGUUGUUGAAAGCCAGGAAGAAAUUUAUCAAUCGGCUAAAAAUUUCGUUUUGGAAACAAAUAAAAUCAUAGAGGGAUAUAGUCCAAAUCAAGUACUGAACACAGAUCAGAUAGGUGUUGAGUUGGAGGUUCAUGGUGGUAGAACAUUAACCCAUAGUGGAGAAAAAUCUACUUGGGGUUCUGUUCGAUCACUUGGGGCUGCAACUCAUGCCUAUACCAUACAACCAAUAAUAACAAUGGAUGGAUGUGUUCUUAACCCACUAUAUAUGUGUUUAAAAGAGGUAUCAGGACGUAUUGGUGAUAAUGUGAAAAAGAACCUGUUUCAUGCAAAGAACAUUGUACUUACUUGUUCUAAAAGUGGUAAAUUAACAUCGUCACUUGUCACCUAUUGGGUUAAUCAGUGUUUAAUUCCAAAUCUACAAUCCAGAACGUUAUUACUUGUCGAUAGUUUGCCACAUCAAGUUCAUCCAGAAGUUUAUAAAGGAUUGAAACAUUUUGAAUAUAGAGUAAUUCCACCAAAAACUACCCCAAUAAUCCAACCUCUUGAUGUGUAUUACAACCGCCAACAUAAGAAAAUUGUACGUCGUAUAUAUGACCACGUACGGCUAGAUGAAAUAGAUAUCAAUUUAUCCGAACGUAAUAAUUUGAUCAAGUUGCAAUCAUUAGUACAAUCACAAAUGUGUUCAAAAGCAUUUCGACCGAUGAUAAAAUAUGCCUGGUUCACAAGCGGGUUUUUGAAACAUGAUCCAGGGCCAUUUCAGAAUGCGAAAGACAUCUAUUUCACAUUUCAAACAGAUAAAUGUCAUGAAAAAAGUUGUAUUGAUGGACCGAUGAUUCGAUGUUCUUGGUGUCAACAAGAACUGUGCUUCAAUCAUUUUCUUUUGAACUAUCAUUACCAUUAGACUGAUUAAUGAUUUUCUUGAUCGUUUAUUUUGUUUUCAUUCGCUAUAUGUAUCAGUUUUUUUUUUGGUUAAAUAAAGAAAAUAACUAAUAAUCUUCUGCUUUUCUAUAAUAAGUGACCAUGCGUAAUAGCGGUUUUAAAAAAACCAGCUCGCGAAAACAUCUUUUUAUCGAGAUAUAAAAAUAAAUUUUUUUAAUAAAAAAUACAAUAAUGCCACUUUCAGAGACACUU